ACACAGAUGAUAAGUCCAUUAAGCUUCGAUUUGGGCCAAUUUAUUUUCGGAAGGCAUUUUCGUAAUUUUUAAGGCGAAGAAAGGCCAUUUUUAUUGAUUUUGAAGGCUACAGAUCACCGAUUCGAGUUGAGGCUAUUCUUCAACGAUGAUUAUGUUCAUUAAGCACCGAUUUGGGCGGAUUUAUUCUGGGUGAAUUUUUGGCAGAUUCCAAAGGGGUACCAUCACAGAUUUCAGGCGAUUUUUCCGAAAUGCCAUUUUCUUUCGAUUCUGGAGGCUGCAGAUCACGAAAUCAGGCCGAGGCUAUUCUCCACUAGUAAUGAAGUCUAUUGAUCCUAUUCUCCACGGAUGACUAGUGCAUUAUGCACAGAUUUGGGCCAAUUUAUUUUCGAAUGACAUUUUCGUAAUUUUUUAAGCGACUAUAGGCCAUUUUCUUUGGAUUUUGAAGGCUACAGAUCAUGGAUUUGAGUUGAGACUAUUCUUCAACGAUGAUUAAGUUCAUUAAGCACCGAUUUGGGCGGAUUUAUACUGGGUCAAUUUUGGGCAGAUUCGAAAGGGGUACCAUCACAGAUUUCGGGCGAUUUUUCCGAAAUGCCAUUUUCUUUCGAUUCUGGAGGCUGCAGAUCACGGAAUAAGGCCGAGGCUAUUCUCUACCACUAAUGAAGUCUACUGAUCCUAUUCUCCACGGAUGAUAAGUCUAUUAAGCGCCAAUUUUGGUCAAUUUUUUUUGGCUGGCAUUUUCAUAAUUUUUGGGCGAUUUAAGACCAUUUUCUUUGCAUUUUGAAGGUUAUAGAUCACGGAUUAGGCCUGAGGCUAUUCUUCAAAGAUGAUUAAGUCCAUUAUUCACAGAUUUGGGCGGAUUUAUUCUAGGUCAAUUUUGGCAUAUUCAAAAGAGAUACCAGCACAAAUUUCGGACGAUUUUCUCUAAAUGCCAUUUUCUUUCGAUUCUUGAUGUUGUAGAUCACGAAAUCAGGCCAAGGUUAUUCUCCGGCAUUAAUGAAGUCUAUUGAUCCUGACUCACUUCUACUGUUACUCCAGGAAUUGGCCAAGUGAAACCACUUCCUAAAGCGUAGUAUAGCGGGUUUGGGUUUAAUUAUCAACCCGGGUCCUAGAUCUGAUGACUACUCAGUGAAUUCUUGUUAUCUAGCAAUGAAACUGGCAUGCAAGUCUAAACUCUCAAACUAACAAAGCAAGUAAACGGUUGUAUUCAGGUUAAGAGAGGUCACCCGGAUAUGGUUCCCCCUAGACUGCAGUUAAGCCGGAUUGUAAUUACCAAGUUCAGUUUCAAUGACAGUUAUACUGCGGAAGGUUCUUAAACAGCCUGAAGUCUCGACUAAAGGUCUUCAGACCCUCUCAAUCUGAGUCUCUAGCGGGCGACUAACCUCCACCGGAGUAAACAGAAUGAGGCCUUAACAAACAAAACCUCCACUACCGGAGUAAAUCCGGUACAGAAUAGUGAGUUGGCUCCUCGACUAAAGUCACCAACUCCCUACCUUCAAUCAAGGAUGCUCUAUCAACCUAGGCAGAUAUUCUCAUUCUAGGUUAAAGCAGAAACAACAGGAAUUUGAUCAGGAUUCAAGUCAUUCAAUCAUUCAAACCUCAAUUGAAUAUAAUCAAAUCAUAGAAUCAGUACUUGGGUUCAUACAAUCAAUCCUAACAUACAAAUCUAGGGUUCUCCAUACCCAGAUGAAUGGGAGAACUACUCCAUGGAGAAAGAAGCAAAAGCAGAAUCAGACGCGGAAUUCAUACUGUGAAGGAUGGAUCCUGCUCCUGGACGUUGAUCGGCACUUCUCCAAGCUCAAACUGGCCUCCAAUGGUGUUGAAGAUCAAGCUAGGGCACUUGAAGACUCUUGUUCAUCGCUUUCUCUCUCUAGGAAUCGUUCUCUCUCUCUAAAACUCCAAUCCCCUUCUGUUUGGCUGAAAAUCUGCUUAAAAGGGCAUCACUGGCCAAAGCACGGUCGAGGGCACGGCCGUGCUUUGCCUCAGCCCGCCCGUGCUUUGGCUAGUGUUAAUUACACGGCCAGUGCACAGGGAGAAACACGGCCUUGCUUUGGUGGAACACGGUCGUGCUUUGGUGGAACACGGCCGUGCUUUGUGCCCGUGUUUUGGCUUGAUUUUGCCAACUCGAAUUAGCUCUCGGCAGUAAAAGCACGGCCACAAAACACGGCCGUGUUCUGUUUUAGGUGUGCCCGUGUUUUGGCUCCAGCUCGACGAAAUGACUUCCGAAUGCCCCGAAACUCGUGCUUAGCCUUCCCUUUGACGUCUGGGACUUGAAAUAUGACAAAAUAGCACAACCCGGCGUAAAAUAGGCCAAAAUACACGACUAUGACAAAAUACACGACUAAGUACUGAUUUGGGCCAAUUUAUUUUCGGAUGGCAUUUUCGUAACUUUUUGGGCGACGAAAGGACAUUUUCUUUGGAUUUUGAAGGCUACUGAACACAGAUUCGGGUUGAGGCUUUUCUUCAACGAUGAUUAAGUCCAUUAAGCAACGAUUUGGAAGGAUUUAUUCCGGGUCAAUUUUUGGCAGAUUCCAAAGGGAUAUCAUCACAAAUAUCAGGCAAUUUUUUCGAAAUGCCAUUUGCUUUCGAUUCUGGAGGAUGCAGAUCACGGAAUCAGGCCGAGGCUAUUCUCCAUCGAUAAUGAAGUCUAUUGAUCCUAUUCUUCAUGGAUGAUAAGUACAUUAAGCACUGAUAUGGGCCAAUUUAUCUUCAGAUGGAAUUUUCGUAAUUCUUUGGGCGACAAUAGGGCAUUUUCUAUGGAUUUUGAAGGCUAUAGAUCUCGGAUUCGGCCUGAGGCUAUUCUUCAACGAUGAUUUAAUCCAAUAAGCACCAAUUUUGGCGGAUUUAUUCCGGGUCAAUUUUUGGCAGAUUGCAAAGGGGUAUCAUCACCGAUUUUGGGCGAUUUUUGCCAAAUGCCAUUUUCUUUCGAUUCUGGAGGCUGCAGAUCACGGAAUCAGGCCGAGGCUAUUCUACACCGAUAAUGUAGUCAAUUGAUCAUAUUCUCCACGGAUGAUAAGUUUAUUAAGCACCGAUUUAGGACCAAUUUAUUUUCGGAUGACAUUUUCAUAAUUUUUGGGGCUACGAAAGGCCAUUUUCUUUGGAUUUUGAAGGCUACAGAACACGGAUUCGGCCUGAGGCUAUUCUUCAACGUUGAUUAAGUCCAUUAAGAACCGAUUUGGCGAAUUUAAUUCGGGUCAAUAUAUGGCAGAUUCCAAAGGGGUAGCAUCACAGAUUUCGGGCUAUUUUUCCGAAAUGUCAUUUUCUUUCGAUUCUGGAGGCUGCAGAUCACGGAAUUAGGCUGAGGCUAUUCUCUACCGAUAAUGAAAUUUAUUAAUCCUAUUCUCCACGGAUGAUAAGUCCAUUAAGCACUUAUUUGGGCCCAAUUUAUUUUUGGAUGGCAUUUUCGUAAUUUUUUGGGCGACAAUAGGCCAUUUUUUUGGAUUUUGAAGGCUACAGAUCACGGAUUCGGGCUGAGGCUAUUAUUCAACGUGGAUUAAGUCCAUUAAGCACCGAUUUGGGAGGAUUUAUUCCCGAUCAAUUUAUUUUCAGAUUGCAUUUUAGUAAUUUUUUAAGAGACGAAAGGCCAUUUUAUUUGGAUUUUGAAGGCAAAAGAUCACGGAUUCGGCCUGAGGGUAUUCUUCAACGAUGAUUAUGUCCAUUAAGCACCGAUUUGGGCGGAUUUAUUCCGGGUCAAUUUUUGGCAGAUUCCAAAGGGGUAACAUCACUGCUUUUGUGCGAUUUUUACGAAAUGCCAUUUUGUUUCGAUUCUGGAGGCUCAGAUCACAAAAUCAGGCAGAGGCUCUUCUCCACCGAUAAUGAAGUCUAUUGAUCCUA